AUGUCUCUCAGGCCAAUUGGCUGGAUAUGUGGAGAGCUGGUCAGGAAAUUUGCUGGACAAGCCCAGAUAAUACAGAGAGUCUUCUUGGAAAUUAUAGAUGAGAUUAGGGAUGAAUUCCCCAAUUUACUGAGACUGACAAGCUCCAACCAGGACAGCAAUCGCACCGUGCAGGAGUCUAGGUCUGUUGUGGCAAGAGUGUUCUAUUCCGCUCAUGCGGUAAUGAUUAGGAAUGGGCUAACUCACCUCUCCCGCUCUUCAAAAUCAAUUGCUAAAUUCGUGCAGCCACACCUCCUCCGAAAAUUGACAGACCUGCAAAGGGUAUCACACCGUCUCUUGCAGAAACUGAAUGCUCCCAAACAACCUCUUUAUAAAUUGAAGGAUAAAUCCAUGUUCCUUUAUGAUGUCAUUUCCUAUCCAGCGAAGACCGCCCUCAGUGGUGUAAUGUGCAUUUCUUAUGCAGCACUAAUUUAUUUGGCACUCUCCAUUAAUAAAGCACUGGGAAGAAUUAAAAGCAUAAUUGAAACAGACAAGAGCUCCAGGGAAAGCAGCAGUGAUGAUCUCGAUGCAGAUGGAUUUCCCAGAGUCAGGGCAACGGCAAGCGACUCUGCAACUUCCUUCCCACACGAAGUAUCUUCAGAGUUGAUUAAGGAAUCACCAAGCAUCCAUACACUACUUUUGAAAAUAGAUAAUAAAAAUGAAUAA